AUGGAAGAAAGGCAAUCUUCUGUAAAAGGAUUAAGGGAUUAUUUUUAAGGGAUUGCUGAAAAUCUAAAACAGUAGAAUGAUAAUUAUUUGACAAUCAAAUAGAACAGUACGAGUGUCCCUCCAUAAAGAAAUAGUAUAAAUAGAGAUUCAAUUAAGAUGAAUGUUCAAAAGAUGGAAUCGUUUAAAGGGAACAAAGGGGAUGAUGAAAAUUAGUUAAAGUUAAUAAAUUAAUUGAAAGAGAAGAUCAAAUAUUAUGAAGAAAGACAAGAUAAUAAUGAGUAUUAAAAGCUCUUAGAACGUUUUAAUGAUUAAAAGAUGCAACUGCAACUCUUAUAAUAGAUUAAUGAUCAAUUAAACGAAGAAAUUAUAAUUGCUAAUAAUACCAUUGCAAAUCUAGAACACCAAAUACAAAAAUAAGAAAACUUAACUCUUAAUAUAAACAAUGCAUAAUAGAAUCUUUCUUCAAAAAUGCAAGUUAAAUAGAUCGAAAAAGAAAUUCAAGUCGACUUAAUAUCCCCUCUCAUAGAAUAGAAUAAACUAUUAUUAGAACGUUUGCAUGAAAAUCCUGAACCAAAAGGAAAAGAACUAAUAAUAAUUAAUUCAAGUUAAGCUAUUGAGUUAAGAAGAUAAAUGGAGACAUUGAAAUAAGAAGUACCUAUUUGAUUUAUACUCUAGCUUUGUGAAAGGUUAAAUCUAUAUAAUAAUCUUAUUCAAAACAAGUAACUAUCAGAAAUAAAAAAGAGCAUCAAAAUAGAUAUUAAUCAAUUUCAUGACACGUAUAUUUAAAUGUUUCGUAAUAUCAACAGACCAAUCUAAAAUGUUGAGUAAGUAAGUAAAAUCUUAAGUCCAAUAUACUAAGAGGAGCUGAAUGAAUUUCUCGGGUAGUUAAGUGACUUUUUAGAUAAGUUCAGGCUAGUUUCUAUAUUAUGA